AUGAAUUACAACAACUACAAUAUGGCCAUUGUCGAAACAUAUGCGGUCCACCUGGUAGGAUGGCCCCAGGCUGUCAAAUUUAUCAAUUCUUCAAGCAUCGGGACUGUCGGCAAAAUUCACAAGCUCCAUGAUAUGCUGAGGGCCAAGACAUGUUACUGGAGUGCUCUGACCCCAGCAGAGGUCAAGGCUCAUACUGCUGCACUUGAUGUGUGUCGUUUGGCAGGGGAAGUCGUUUGGCAGCCACACAAGAAACAUUCCAAUGCUGGAAUCCCUUGCAAGCGCAAGGGCACACCUACCACUGGACUGGGA